CUGGACCGUAACACGGUACACCCUAUAUCGCUUCAUUGAAUGUGAAUGAUUUCGUAGGUUUUGUGUUAAAUGUAAAAAGCCAAGGAAUAUCUACCAAAAUGGGUCGAACUAUUCUUAUCGCCACCUUGCUUUUGUCUUUGUGCUUUUCCGGAGUAGUGAUGCAGAAAGAACACCCAUUUCUUAACAAGGAUCCUUUGGCUGUAGGUGCGACCCCUGCAAACGGUCCGGAUAAUUCGCUGAAUGCUGAUGGCAAAUGCUUCUUUUCGGAUAAAGACACCGUUAGUCCAGUAUCUGUAAGGUUGGUAAUCAACGAGAAUGACCUUGGCCUUGUCAUGCUGGAUAACGACGGAACUGCUAUUGGGGAUGUGUCGUGGUCGUGUUUUUUGAUCGAUUAUUCUGAGUUUAAAGACAACAAAGAUUACAUAGAGCCAUCAGACGGAGCCCAAACAUGCAAGGGGACGGGAAACAAGAAAAACUACUUUAUCCGCCAGGGACCCGUGACCAUGGACACGGGUGUGAACGAGGUGCAGUACAGGACACACAUUAUAGAAGUGGACGGAAUUGUCAACACAGACGGCACCGGAAAACCAUGCGGAGGAGAAAUUGACGGGGACGAUAUUUUCUAUGUAGCAAAAUGCCGCAGAGAUAUUGAUUUCACUCAACUAGGCGACAUAAAAGUAAUAUUUAAAAUGGAUAAAACCAAGUGUGCUGUCAAGACACAGGAUACAGAUGGAACCGUGAUCAAGGAUGUAGAAAUCACAGGGCUUGAACGGAAACCGGCGGUUACAUUUGACUUAUACUCCGGUGAGCAAGGUGCAACUACCUACACAGAUAUAGAUGUCUUAAAUGCAGCUUACGUAACGUCAAAAACGUUAAAGACCGAUUCAUCACACAAGAUCGUGAGCCCUGUAAAUAUUGCUGAACUAGGGGAGCCGUUAUAUUUCGAGGUGUGCAUCGAUAUCGCGGAUUCAAGGCACUACUUUAGGGACGGUAUUGAUGCUUUUGGUGUUUUCGUAACCUCCUGCUCUGCGGUUCCUACCGUUGGCGAUACACUGUUUAGAACACCAGCGGUCCCAGUUACAAUGGUAGACGCUGACGGCUGCGGUGCUGGCGACUCACUGGCCCUCCAAUGGACAACAGACAAAGUCGUGUUUGGUUACGGAAAGGGAGAUGCAGAUGACAACAAUCCAUGGCUCGAGGCACCGAAUUGUUUCAGGUCACAAAUAUUUGAAGCGGUUUCUUUAGCUCGCAAAAAUAUCAUGGAGAAUAUCAUCAUGACGGUCACCUGUGAACUUGACUACUGCGAUGACAAAACUGACCAAGACUGCUUUGGGGACCGAGAUACGUGCCCGAGGGUCACGAGGCGAAAGCGAAGCGUUGAUGGUAGUUUCUUUGACGCCAAUCUACCUUCGACAGUUAGCGUUAAUUACACCGUCAAGGCUUUGGGAAGCAAAUCUGAUGAGACUUUGACCACGGCGAAAGCUGGUUGCUUUGACAAAUCGAUCUUCAUAUCACUCGUGUCUGUGCUCUCCCUUACUCUACUAGUGCUGGUGGUAUCUGCGAUUUACCUCGGGAUCAGACUGCGCAUGCGUAGUAACCAUGACGAAAUGACGUCAUCAGGAACGCUUUCCGGUCCAAGGACAAUAAGCAGCAAGGCAUCGAGUCUAUAUUCAAACAAAUAAUGAACGGCGCAUACAUGUUUCUAAUUAUAAACAUAUCUAAAUAUGCUUUUUA